CAGGACAGGAGAAGGAAGGAGGAGCGCAGCCGGAUCAGGAAUGUUUACCCUGGCAGAAGUUGCAUCACUUAAUGACAUUCAGCCAACUUAUCGCAUCCUGAAACCAUGGUGGGAUGUAUUUAUGGAUUAUCUUGCUGUUGUUAUGCUAAUGGUUGCCAUCUUUGCUGGAACCAUGCAGCUGACCAAAGAUCAGGUGGUCUGCUUGCCAGUAUUGCAGUCUGCUGUAAAUUCAAAAGCACAACCCAGCAUAUCAGGGAAUGCUGAUGUUACACCAGGAUUUGAAGCAACCACUGAUCAGGAUAAAGAAAUGGCAAUGAGAACAGUUUCCUUUGAAAGUGCGCCUACCAUAACACCAGACAUACCACUGAGCAGAACUACCUAUUCUCAGUUGCAAUCUACUGUAUCAAAUCAGGAGCCGAAGAAUGAGAAACAGGAUUCUUCAGGCCGAAAAACCAAUUUGGAUUAUCAGCAAUAUGUAUUUAUUAACCAGAUGUGCUAUCAUUUGGCUCUUCCUUGGUAUUCAAAGUAUUUUCCCUAUCUUGCUCUCAUACAUACUCUUAUUUUAAUGGUCAGUAGCAAUUUUUGGUUUAAAUAUCCCAAAACAUGCUCAAAAAUUGAACAUUUUGUGUCUAUAUUAGGAAAGUGUUUUGAAUCCCCGUGGACUACAAAAGCAUUAUCUGAAACAGCAUGUGAGGACUCUGAGGAGAACAAACAGAGACUAACGGGUGCCCAGUCCCUGCCAAAGCACGUUUCCACUAGCAGUGAUGAAGGAAGCCCAAGUGCUAGUACUCCCAUGAUAACCAAGACUGGCUUCAAGUUUUCAGCUGAAAAGCCAGUUAUUGAGGUUCCCAGCAUGACUAUUUUAGAUAAAAAAGACGGAGAACAAGCCAAAGCCCUGUUUGAAAAAGUUCGAAAAUUCCGGGCCCAUGUGGAGGACAGUGACUUGAUUUAUAAACUCUAUGUUGUCCAGACAGUCAUCAAGACAGUCAAGUUCAUAUUUAUUCUUUGCUAUACAGCUAACUUUGUAAAUGAGAUUAGUUUUGAGCACAACUGCAAGCCAAAAGUGGAGCAUUUGACUGGCUAUAAGGAAUUUGAGUGCACACACAAUAUGGCUUAUAUGUUGAAAAAGCUGCUUAUCAGCUACAUUUCUCUCAUUUGUGUGUAUGGUUUUGUCUGUCUGUACACACUCUUCUGGUUGUUUAGAAUACCCUUAAAAGAAUAUUCCUUUGAGAAGGUCAGAGAAGAGAGCAGCUUCAGUGAUAUUCCUGAUGUUAAAAACGAUUUUGCAUUUCUUUUGCACAUGGUAGAUCAAUACGACCAGUUGUACUCCAAGAGAUUUGGUGUCUUCUUGUCAGAGGUAAGUGAAAACAAGCUACGUGAAAUUAGUUUAAACCACGAGUGGACAUUUGAAAAACUUCGGCAGCAUGUCUCCCGCAAUGCACAGGACAAGCAAGAGCUGCAUCUCUUCAUGCUAUCAGGGGUCCCUGAUGCAGUGUUUGAUCUGACAGACCUGGAUGUGCUGAAACUUGAGCUGAUUCCUGAAGCAAAAAUCCCAGCUAAAAUCUCCCAGAUGACUAACCUUCAAGAGCUUCAUCUCUAUCACUGCCCUGCAAAGGUUGAGCAGACUGCUUUCAGCUUCCUCCGUGACAACUUGAGAUGCCUUCACGUGAAAUUCACAGAUGUUGCAGAAAUUCCUGCUUGGGUGUAUUUGCUCAAAAAUCUCCGUGAGUUAUACUUGAUAGGCAACUUGAAUUCUGAAAACAAUAAGAUGAUAGGGCUUGAAUCUCUCAGAGAGUUAAGACACCUUAAAAUUCUCCAUGUGAAGAGUAAUUUGACCAAAGUCCCCACCAAUAUCACAGAUGUGGCACCGCAUCUAACAAAACUAAUAAUUCACAAUGAUGGCACCAAGCUUGUGGUACUGAAUAGCCUUAAGAAAAUGAUGAAUGUAGCUGAGUUAGAACUACAGAACUGUGAACUGGAGAGAAUUCCACAUGCCAUUUUCAGUCUGUCUAAUUUACAGGAUCUGGAUUUAAAAUCAAAUAGCAUACGCACAAUUGAAGAAGUCAUCAGCUUCCAGCACUUAAAAAGACUUACUUGCUUAAAGUUGUGGCACAAUAAAAUAGUCAACAUUCCUUCCUCCAUUACCCAUGUAAAGAACUUGGAGUCACUUUAUCUCUCCAAUAACAAACUCGAAUCCUUGCCAGGCGCAGUGUUCAGUUUACAGAAACUCAGAUGCUUAGAUGUAAGCUAUAACUCAAUUGCAGCAAUUCCACUGGAAAUCGGAUUGCUUCAAAAUCUGCAGCAUUUGCAUAUCACAGGAAACAAAGUGGAUAUUUUGCCAAAACAGUUGUUUAAAUGUGUGAAAUUAAGGACUUUGAGUCUGGGGCAAAACUGUAUUACCUCGAUCCCAGAUAAAAUUGGUCAGCUCGUGCAGCUAACUCACCUGGAACUGAAGGGAAACUGCUUAGAUCGGCUACCAGCUAUGCUAGGACAAUGUCGGCUUCUCAGGAAAAGCGGGCUUGUUGUGGAAGAUCACCUCUUUGACACUUUGCCUUCAGAAGUUAAAGAAGUAUUGAAUCAAGACACAAGCAUUACCUUUGCUAAUGGGAUUUAAAUACAGGUGUAACUCCCAAGCAACUGACUUCCAAGCAGCAAAUGCUAAUGUACAAGUUAUUACAAGAUCAUGAAUUUUAGAAAUACUGGAAUCUUUAUAAGAAAGAACUAUUAGCAGGAUGAUGGGGGAUGUAACUGAGUGUUCAGUGUUUGUAGCAUUUUAAAUGAUCCUUUCCAAUUUUUUUGAAAGAAAAAAACCCUUAAUCUCAAUUCUUUUUCUUCUAAAUUGUUUGUAACUUGGAUGCUGCCGCUUUUGAAUGUUUACAAAUUGCUUGCCUGCUUAAAGUAA